UUGCUGGGACCGGGACUGGCGGCAGGAGCGCGAUGGAGCGCGGCGCGUUUGGAGCCGCGGUGUGGCGGCGCGCCACCGAGGAGCCCAAGUUUGGAUAACUCACACUCGGGGGAAAAAAAAACAAGUUUCCUGACAGAGCCCAGACACACCAUGGGGGACGGGUUACCGUCCAUGAACUAUACCAACGACACCAAACAGGGGCGAGUGGAUCCUAACGGUCCGGACAGCGGUUUCUCGGAGCAGUGGGUCGCAGCUGUGGGGAUGGUCAUGGCUCUGAUUGUGAUCAUCACUGUAGUGGGGAAUAUAUUGGUCAUUGUGGCUAUAGCGCGGAACCAGAGGUUGCAGACGCUCACUAACGUGUUUAUUGUAUCCCUGGCGUGCGCCGAUCUGAUCAUGGGCUUGCUGGUGGUGCCGUUUGGCGCGACGCUGGAGCUCCGGGGCGCGUGGCUUUACGGCUCCUACUUCUGCGAGGUGUGGAUCUCGGUGGACGUCCUCUGCGUCACGGCCAGCAUCGAGACCCUCUGCGUGAUCGCCAUAGACAGGUACAUUGCAAUCACGUGGCCGUUUCGUUACCAAAGCCUUUUGACCAAGUCGAGAGCCAAAGGGGUCGUGUGUGCCGUGUGGGCUGUGUCGGCUCUCGUGUCGUUUCCGCCGAUUCUGCUCCACUGGUCGCGCGACAGGGACGAGACGGAGUGCUACGACGACCCGGAGUGCUGCGACUUCAUCACUAACCGGGCUUACGCCGUCGCCUCUUCGGUCAUCUCCUUCUACAUUCCUCUGGUGGUGAUGGUGUUCGUUUACGCCCGCGUGUACCGGGAAGCCAAGAAACAGCUUCGGAAAAUAGACAAGUGCGAAGGGAGGUUUUAUAACAACCACGGCGUCUCGGCGUGCAAGCUGAACCGAAAGCGGCCGUCCGGGAUUGUAGCCAUGAAGGAGCAGAAGGCGCUCAAGACGCUCGGGAUCAUCAUGGGGACUUUCACUCUCUGCUGGCUGCCCUUCUUCCUGGUCAACGUUGUGCGCGGAUUUUGCGCCGAGGCUGUGGACAAGCAGCUCUUCGUCUUUUUCAACUGGCUCGGUUACGCCAACUCGGCGUUCAACCCACUCAUCUACUGCCGCAGCCCGGACUUCAGGAGAGCUUUCCGCAGGCUGCUCAUGCCGUGCUGGCCGAGGCGCGCUGAUCACGGGCUCACCGUCAGCUCAUGCGCAGUGGAGAGCCGCGCGCUCGCACCGUGGACCGACUUCAACGGCACCCGGGACAGUAACUGCAGCCUGGAGCGCAGAGUGUCCCACACCGAGUCUCAGCUCUGACCCGGAUUUAUCCCUCCACACAAUAUAUAUAUAUAUAAAGUGAAAGGUAAGAUGAAUAAGACAGUAGUGAGACCAGCUGUGAUGUACGGAUUGGAGACAGGACCCUUAGAGACAGGAGGGAAAGGUGGAGGUGGCGGAGUUGAGGAUGUUAAGGUUUGCGGUUGGACAGGAUAAGGAACGAGCACAUCAGAGGGACAGCACAUGUGGAGAGCUUGGGAAUGAAGCUAAGAGAGAUGAGACUGAGAUGGUAUGGGCACAUCCUGAGAAGAGAUGCAGAGCAUGUGGGAAGGAGAAUGUUGAGGAUGGAGCUGCCAGGCACACGAAAACGAGGAAGGCCAAAGAGGAGAUGCAUGGAUGUGGUGAGAGAGGACAUGAAAGUGGCAGGUGUGGUAGAGAAGGAUGCAGAAGACAGGGAGCAAUGGAGAUGAAAGAUCCGGUGUGGCGACCCCUAAUCGGGAGCAGCCAAAAGAAGAAUAUAUAUAUAUAUAUAUAUAUAUAUAUAUAUAUAUAUAUAUAUAUAUAUAUAUAUAUAUAUAUAUAUAUAUAUAUGCUAUUUGUCAAAACCAGUGGGCCUCUUCGAACAACUCUACCUGCAGUGAGAACUGAAAGAACACAGAAACACUCAUUUUGUUUCCAGCAUCUAUACAGUACACCUCUACAGUGCUAAAUGUUAUGACACAUUUCCAUAAUCCACAGUUAUCAAGAGCUUUAGUCUGUAUAGAAGUGCAAAUGGGUACAAAUAGUUGAUUCCUAACUUAUGGAUCAUUAUUAGACAAUAAACAAAAACAUACAAAAUGUGCCAUACAGUUAGGCUACUUACAGCAACUAUACUUGCAGCAAUACCAAAAUAAAAUGCAAAACAUUCCCCAAAUCCUGACAUCUAGUUUAUAUGAGUCCAACUGGACACAAACACAACCAGUUAGUUCAUCCAUUGGUGUGUCAUUAUUAAACAGGAAAUGAUGAGCCAAGGGAUGUUUUUACCAUUUCCCCUACAUACAUGACUGUGAAAGAAGAAUUAAUUUUGCAUUUGUUUGUGAGCAUUGACACUGCAUGAACUUUUUUUUUCUCCAUUUUUAGAACCAUUUUUCAUUGAUCCAAUCCAUCAUAUGCCAUAUUGUACAUAGGAAUGUGUAACGUUUGGCUUUACAGCAUAACACAGAAAUGUGCAAAUUGUACGAAAUGAAAUUGUUUAUAUUAAACAGUCAUAUCAAACUGUACAGUAUUUAUUCAGUACCAUGUACAGCUGGUGGAGAGUUUUCAGCAUAUGAAAGGAGCUGUGAUUUAGUGCUUCGUGUUUGCACCUUAUAUACCGUCCAAUGUGAGCUGCUUCUUUUCUUGUUGAAUAUGAUAUUUAAUAUUUCAAUAUGACAGUCUACCUAAUACUAAAAUGGAGGCUCAGUGAUUUAUUUAUGUGGUCACUAUUAUGCAGGGUCCUGUUUCAUUCAGUAUAUUUUCCUGCCCAGGUCCAUAUAUUUAGAUUUGUUGUUAUUGUACAAGCGCCUCAUGUAAUGUAGAAGGUGGUCCACGUUUAUGAUUGUGCAAUAAAUUAUCCAGUUGUACAUGAA